AUGAAGUCUUCCAAGCGUGGUCGUCCACCGGGCGAGAUCGUGGCGUCCAGGCUCACCAGCCUUCUCCUACGUUCCAGCAAAACUCUGCGCACACUUCCUCUCGAUGAGGUCGUGACUGAGACCGACAGCGAGCCAGAUCAAGAGUGCGAUCGUUCCCUACGAACCUGGGUUCCAGUCAAACAACGGCUACGUGAGGCGUUCGGUCUGCUUCGGGCUCUCCUGUUCAUCCACGUGGAAGACGACCGCGUAUGCAUCCGGCUGCGAGGAUUUCUUCACUUUCACCACUGGUCGGUAUCAUGGCUCGCACUCUUGCAGUCGUCGGGUCCUCAAGAGCGUUCUCUUCCGGAUCUCCUGCAAGACCUCGACGCGCUCACUCCCAAGGACAAGCGAGAAGAUCUCAAACAACCGGAACUCCAGAACGCGCUGUCCGCACUUCUAGCCUUCAUACUCUGCAAAAAUAUCACGGAAUUUCGCCCGCUGCAAGCGAAACUGUCGAACAAACGCCGACGAACGAUGGAGGGCUUGUUUGGUGAAGAAUACAGACAAGAGUUGUCGUAUGGCGGUCAUCUGCAAGAUCUCCCCGGCUUCCGGUCGUGGUUCGCUCUUCGCAAGCGAGAACCCCAGCAUCACAUCAAUCGAUCGCUCACGGAUCUGAACGUGUUUCGUCAUGCUCGAGGAUGGAGCGCAGACCAACUCAAACACGAUGCGAAGCAAGAAGGCAUGGUCGAAGAACGAUGA